CCCGAAAUCACUGCAGUGAUCAGAAAAAAACAUACGAUACUGGAAAGUGAAAAAAUGUGAAAUUGCCAGGGAUAAGACUUCGGCUGGGGUCGGGUCAACUCGGUUCUACGCGAACCAUUAAUACGGAAGUGUGGUUUUGUGUAGUAAAUGAAAAAUGCCGUCACCAUACGUGAGAGGCAGUCGGCCGUAGUAGACCCAGCUGGAGAAAGAGAAGCUGAAGCAGGUCAGCUCAGAGGAAAGCCCUUUCAGCAUUCCCACUGGAGAAACGAACCGGUAGCAGCGGAGCAGCUUCUCCAGUCCGGAACAUUAGCCUGGCAAAUACAGCCGAGCCGGGAGAUGAAUGAUAAGAAGGGCUUGGUGUGCAGCCACUGCUGGACCGCUGAGAACCAACACAGAGAUGUGCUGUGAAUGGGACAUCGAAGGAAAUGCAAGGGUGGAUUGACUAGCUAACGUCAGUUAGCAGCCAGUUAGCCGCUCAGGGCUGCAGCUUGAUGAGCGUCAGUUCAUUUAGAGAUGCAAACCACAUCCACAGCGACAUGAAGAGGAUGACAGCUGAAGGAUAACAUCAAAGAAGGCAAUUCCCUCAACCAAAAGUGAUCCUACCUUCCCCUUUAGUCUGCUUUCUUCUGCAGUCCCUUCUGCAAGCUGCGAGUUCCUUCUCAGCUCAUUGGCCCACCUCUGUGGAAUUUCAUUGAAUGCAUGUAUUCCACAGUAAGAUCAUGCAAAAUCAUUUUAAUUUGGACAGUCCUCCUCCAGACACCCUUCUGACGAAGAAACAGGAUGAAAUAACUGCAAUGUGACUGUCCAUCUGAGAUAGCCACCUCGAUCUGUGGGAUUCUCACUUUGGUUCCAUCACUCGUUCCCUACCAACCCCAUUCCUUUCCUAGUGUCAUUGGGCCAUGGUUCGCAAGAAAGGUUCUCUUAUACUAUGUGGUGCUUUUCUGUUUGUCGCCUGGAAUGCUUUGCUUCUACUUUAUCUUUGGGGUCGCCCUCCCAUUGGCCACCUUGGAGAAGGUGGUGGAGCAGAACCAGGAGGAAAGGAGGAGUGGGGCGUGGGCAGAGGGAAAGUAGGCCGGGUCAACCUUGCUGGGGAGGUUAUCCGGCUGGCAGAGGAGGUCGAAGUUCAGCUUGAGACCCAAAAGAAGCUACUGAAGCAGAUUGAAAGUCACAGGGCAGUGUGGGCUCGGCAGAAAGAUAUCGGGAAAAGAGAAACAGAUGAUAUAAAAGAAGUCAAAGAAGAGGCUGUCCACCAGCCACCCCAAACUCCAUUUCCUCUCAAAAACAGUGUGGAUAUCAGUGACCAAACUGAAGUUAAACAUACACAGAAGCUUGUUCACACAGUAGCUCAAGGAUUGAAGUUAGAACAACAUGAGGCCACCGAAAUAAAGGAAGAGAUCAUUGAGAACAAUGAAGUGACGACUGUUGUUUCUAGCCCAGAAGUCAUCAUUCCCAUUCUUGUUAUUGCUUGUGACAGAGUGACGGUUAAACGGAGCCUUGACAGACUGAUACAGUACCGCCCUUCUCCAGAAUUGUAUCCAAUCAUCGUUAGCCAAGACUGUGGCCAUGCUGAGACAGCUCGUGUCAUUGGCUCAUAUGGAGAUCAAGUGACACACAUAAGGCAACCGGAUCUGUCAGACAUCAGAGUCAGGCCAGAGCACAGGAAAUUCCAAGGCUACUACAAAAUUGCUCGGCAUUACCGGUGGGCACUCAAUCAAGUAUUCAAUACAUUGUCCCAGUCUACUGUGGUCAUAGUCGAGGAUGAUCUAGAGGUGGCCCCAGACUUUUUUGAAUAUUUCCGAGCCCUGCACCCGAUUUUGCGCUCUGACCCCACUCUGUGGUGUGUUUCUGCCUGGAAUGAUAAUGGAAGAGAUGCCUUGGUGGAUCCAUCCAAAGCUGACCUCCUCUACAGAACAGACUUCUUCCCUGGUCUGGGCUGGAUGCUGCUGAAAGAGAUGUGGGCCGAACUGGAACCCAAAUGGCCCUCGGCCUUCUGGGAUGAUUGGAUGCGUCAGCCAGAGCAGCGUAAAGACCGCUCCUGCAUCCGACCUGAAAUCUCUCGGACUAUCACCUUUGGCAGGAAAGGUGUCAGUUUAGGUCAAUUUUUUGACCAGUACCUUCGCUAUAUUAAGCUAAACACUGAAUUUGUGCCUUUUACCAAACAUGAUUUAUCUUAUUUGCUAAAAGAGAAAUAUGAAGAAAAGUAUAUCAAAGAGGUUUAUAGUGCCCCAUUGGUGAAGAUUGAGGAGCUGCAGCAAGGUGGCACUUUAAAGGGACCUGGACCAUACAGGGUGCAGUACUCCAGCAGGGACAGUUUUAAAGUAUUUGCUCGAAAUCUAGGUGUAAUGGAUGACUUAAAAUCUGGAGUUCCUCGUACAGGUUACAGGGGCAUAGUCAGCUUCCUGUACCGGGGUCGAAGGGUGUUUCUGGCUCCACCACAGGGCUGGACACAGUAUGACAUCAGCUGGAGCUGAAACACUGAUCCAGGCUGAAUGAACAGUGUUGAAGAGGGGAGGGAGCCUUACUCAGAGGAAUACCCUUUCAGACCAAAGAUUAUUGCAGACAAUGGACCAUGAAGGAGUUAAAACGGCACACACAGUGCUGCACAACAGUGGAGCUGGAAGGCGUGUUUGGUGCUUAUUCAUGAUCAGCAAGGAUUGGCCACAUAGAUUUUGCAGCAUAAAAACUUCAGCUAAGUAAAUUCCACCUUUAAAUGCGGGAUCAAAACUGCUAUUGGCAAUGUGCCUUGCUUUCUGGGCCCAUUUUGUUUGAUGUAUUUUUUUAUUCCUGUGAUUAACUAGCCAAUAUCAUUUGACUUGUCAGCAGUGUCAGUGAUAGUACACUGGAGGUGAAACACAAGCACAGUGACUAACUGUAGAACUUGGAAGAAAAAAAUGUUACAUAUAAAAUCUUUGGGGGGUUUCUUGUUACAUUUUGCAGUUUCUGAAAGAAGCUAUCGAUCCAACUCUUCAGAUACAGUUACUGUCAAAAUACCAUCAGAAGCAGCUACUACAGGCUUUGAGGUGGUGAACAGAAGCCAUGUUCAGUUUUGAGCAAAAUUGAAGUUGUUGUCCUGUUGGGUAACAUUGAGAAUCAAAAGCUUGGUCGGCAACAAUAUAGUGAAAAGGAACUGCAGAAAAAGCAGCAACACUAACUUCCCAAAUUACCGUACAGUAGCUCUGAUCCAGGAUUGAUGGAUUACAUAUCACUAUCUUGCUUUGCUAGCACUUGGAACCUGACGUUUCAGUCUCUGAGCACCUCAGAAUAUUUCUUACAAUAAAAAUAUUGAAAAUACUCACGAGGUCACAAGAAAUCCUUGAUGUGGUGACAGAUGACACCAGGCAGAUGCCAAAUAGCCGGAUUUGGUCUGAACAAGAAUGUUUUGAACUGCUGAAGUCAGUACAAACAGUGACUGAGAUGUCAGGGUUCUAGGAGGGAAACAACCGGACCACAUAUGGUGAGAUGGUCUUGAAUCAGGGCUACAUUUACAGAACAUCAGGGAAAACAAUUUCCACAGUAGAUAAAACUUUACUGAGAAACUUUUUUUUUUUGCUAGAUAUAAGAUAAAACAAAUAAAGGCAAAGUUUCCAGAAACUCUGUUAAGAAAUUCUCCUGAGAAUUGCACAUGACUGUCAGAAGCAGGUGCAGGAGGAUCAAGGCUAGGGGUUAUCUUGAUAUAGGUAAUCGUAAAUGAAAAUAAUACUGCACCCACAACCAAUGUGUGCAGUGGGUGUGGUCAAUGGCAUGCCUGUUUCCAAAAGCUUCCUUAGUUCUGCUGUCAGACUGGCUAAUGUUUUAAGUGCCCACUUUUAACUCUGUUGUGAUGGUUGAAGAGAAAUGCUUUUCCACCACACCCCUGCCUCUGGAUGAGCAAACUUGGUGUCUAAAGAAAGGGUUUGAUGAAGGAGGUUGUUAAGAUGAAGGAUAAAACUAUAAUAGGCAAGCUUUUUUGAAAUUAUUUUUUAGUACUCAGAAGCCCUGGUACAGGAAAAGUUCUGAUUACAUGACAUCCAGACUGUGGUUUGGUCAGCUUAGGUUUGUUGAAAAACCAGUGAUUGAUAGUUUAUGUUCCUGCAACAAGAAGGCUGAGGAGUGGCUAGAAGAAUGAUUAUCACUGUACUGUAAUUAGCUUUGGGAAGUUAUCUACAAGAUCAACUGAUUCCCAUUCUGUAUGGUGAUGUGUAAAACCACUGCCUGAUGUGUUUAUAACUUUAUUACAUUAUAAAUAAAAUAAACUAUUUUGAUAUUUGUCCACAUGCUAAA